GUCUACUCCUCUGAAAGCCUCCACAUUUCUCAGACAAAAUGAAAGUGCUGUUGUUGCUGAUUGCAGUCAAACUGGUCGCCAGUGCUGGAUUUGACUGGUCAAAGCAGAUUCCCCCAACAGUCUGGGUUAACUGGGAUUCAUCAACAAGUGAGUGUGAGACAGACCCGGGUUCGUGCCAGUGCUGCUUAAUGAUGCAAAAAGUGGAUAAAAUCAGACACAACCUCAUCAAAAAACUGGAUGAUUUGGAGACAGAACUCAACCAAACCCAUAAAACUUACAUGGACCUAACAACUCGGCGGUCUGCCUUCACCGCUGCUUUGUUUGAUAACAGCAACAACCUCAACUGUCUGGGUCCCUUUUCAAAUACAAUACCCAUCCAGUACAAGAAGGUCUUCACUAACCUGGGCAACAAUUAUAACUCAAACACAGGCAUUUACAAGGCCCCCUUUAAAGGUGUCUACAGCCUCUCUGUUUCAGUCUUUCACGAUGCUGGACAAGGAACAAACGAACAGUCCUGUGUGCUUCUGUAUGUGAAUGGUGAUAUGGUUGCUGGUUCUCAUGAUAUCCACACCUUUGACCAUGAAGACAGUACUACGGUGUCCAUCACGAUCAAUCUGAAAGCUGGUGAUGAAGUGAUGGUCAAACUCCAAGCUGGCUGCUUACUUUGCAUGAUAAAGGACCACUACAAUGUAUUCAGUGGCUUCCUGCUUUAUGCCGAGUAGUGAAAAAUGAAAUGCUAAAUCCUUAUUUCUAAUUCUUUAAUCCAAGCUGAUAGAAGAAUAGCUCCAAACCAGAUGAACCUGCUGUAACAAAUUACCAAUGCUUAAAGCAGUAUAUGUU